UCAGUUUCAGUUCGGCGCUGGCCCGCUACAGUACGCAGCUCGUGAACCUAUCUGUAUAUAGCAAAUCGAUCGUGUCGUGUAUGGUGAACUGGUCUAUCCGAUAUGAACAGGAACCUCGGCUUUGUGGAGCGCCUGCGCUGGCGCCUCAAAACCAUCGAGCAUAAGGUCCAGCAGUAUCGCCAGACCACCAAUGAGACCGUGGUGGCCGAGACCGAGUACGGCAAGGUUCAGGGUGUGAAGCGACUGUCGCUCUACGAUGUGCCUUACUUCAGCUUCGAGGGUAUCCCCUAUGCCCAGCCUCCCGUCGGUGAGUUGAGAUUUAAGGCACCGCAACGGCCGACACCCUGGGAGGGAGUUCGCGACUGCAGCCAGCCCAAAGACAAGGCCGUCCAGGUGCAGUUCGUUCUUGACAAGGUCGAGGGCUCCGAGGACUGCCUCUACCUAAAUGUAUUCACCAACAACGUUACUCCCGACAAGCCCCGACCCGUACUUGUCUGGAUCCAUGGCGGUGGCUUCAUCAUCGGCGAGGCCACUCGGGAGUGGUAUGGCCCAGACUACUUCAUGAAGGAAGAUGUGGUGCUCGUCACUAUCCAAUAUCGUCUUGGUGCCUUGGGUUUCAUGAGUCUGAAGUCGCCAGAGCUAAACGUGCCUGGCAAUGCUGGUCUCAAGGAUCAGGUGCUGGCCCUCAAGUGGAUUAAGAAUAAUUGCGCCAGCUUCGGCGGAGAUCCCAACUGCAUCACCGUCUUCGGAGAAAGUGCUGGGGGAGCGUCCACUCACUACAUGAUGAUAACCGAGCAGACCCAAGGACUCUUUCACCGGGGUAUCCUGCAGUCGGGCAGUGCCAUUGCGCCCUGGGCCUACAACGGCGACAUUACCCACAAUCCCUACAGGAUAGCCAAGCUAGCGGGCUACAAGGGGGAGGAUAAUGACAAGGAUGUGCUGGAUUUUCUGCAAACUGUGAAGGCCAAGGACCUCAUCCGGGUCGAGGAGAAUGUUCUGACGCUGGAGGAUCGCAUGAACAAGAUUAUGUUUGCCUUUGGUCCGUCGCUGGAGCUGUUCCACACGCCUGAGUGUGUGAUACCUAAGCCGCCAAAGGAGAUGAUGAAGACGGCCUGGAGUAACUCCAUCCCCAUGAUGAUUGGAAACACAUCCUACGAGGGACUGCUGUGGAUGCCAGAAAUCAAACUGAUGCCACAGGUGGUUCAGCAGGUGGAUGCUGGAACUCCUUUCAUUCCGCGGGAAUUGCUUGCAACGAAACCUAGCAAGGAAAAGCUGGAGGCCUGGAGUGCCAAGAUCCGCGAUGCUAUUCGCACCGGAACAGAAGCCACCGCCGAUAAUUACAUGGAUCUCUGUUCGAUUUACUACUUUGUCUUUCCGGCUCUGAGGGUGAUCCGCUCCCGACACACCCAUGCAGCCGGGGCUCCAGUUUACCUUUACCGCUUCGACUUUGACUCCGAGGAGCUCAUCUUCCCGUACCGCCUGAUGCGUUUCGGCCGUGGAGUCAAGGGAGUGAGCCAUGCCGAUGAUCUGACCUACCAAUUCACCAGCUUGCUGGCCCGUCGGUUGCCCAAGGAAAGUCGUGAGUACCGGACUAUCGAGCGAACUAUCGGAAUUUGGACCCAGUUCGCAGCCACCGGUAAUCCCUACAGCGAGAAGAUCAACGGCAUGGACACUCUGACACUGGACCCAGUUAGGAAAUCCGACGAGGUGUUCAAGUGCCUUAACAUCAGCGAUGACCUAAAGUUCAUAGAUCUGCCCGAAUGGCCAAAGAUUAGGGCCUGGGAGAGCCUUUACGACGACAACAAGGAUUUAUUGUUUUAAGGAGUUGUGCUGAAAACAAUAUAAAUAAUUAUCUAAAAACUGUAUAUAGGACAGAAUGCUUUAUUAAAUAUAUAUUGCAUAAUUUGCUUAACUCAAAA